AAAAGAGUUCUACAUUACAAGAUACAUUCAGACAGCGGAAUUCGAACCCGCUACCUCCACGUUUUCACAGCGUUUGGUGGAUGGUACUGCUCGUGUUUAUAUCGUGUGGCAUAUUUUUCAAAUGAUUUUUCAUCGUUUAAUCACCCCAGUAAUUUUUUUUUCAUGACGUAAUCAAAAUAAGCAACAUUUAAUAAAAAGAGAUAGUUUAGGGAUACAAGAUGGCUUUGACUGAAGAGCUUGGUAUGUUGAAUGAAAAGCAAAAGGAUAGACUUCAAAUAUAUCAGUCUGUCUUUAAGAAACUCUUUGAGGAUAAAGAAGAAAUUGAUGCUGAUGAUCUAAAUAGUCUUUGCUCCUAUUGGCAAAAUGAUAUUAAUGCUGAACUUUUUGAGCUUCAGGAAUUAUGCUUGAAUAAUCUUCUUUUUCUUUUUCAAACAAAUAAUCUUAAUAAGCUUCUUUCUGAUACAUCCAAAGAACAAUUAGUAAAAAGCUUGGUUACAUUACUGAGUAGUACCAAAGAAGAAAGAGCAGUGUCUCUUUGUAUUUCAAUAUUAAAUGCUACUCUGAGCUCAGUGAAAUUAAAUAAUGAGUUGGCCAAAGAUUUGUUAGGAAAAAUUGACGAACUCAUUUGCAAGUUUACUUUAUCUGUUUCUGUUUAUACAUCUAUUUGUCUUUACAUUCAAAGAUUCUUUAAGCAGUAUGAAGCAGAUCUUUCGACAUUCAUGCCAACUAUUGCCAAGUUAAUAUUUUUGCCUCUAGUUCACAAAUCUUGCAAUGUGCGAGAGGUGGCAGAAAAAACAUUGAAUAUGUUUCCUAAACUGAUAUUAUAUUCUGAAAAUGGGAUAUUUUGUAACACUUUACUGAAGUUAGUAAAAGAACAUUACUGUAAAGAUCUGCUGGAAUUAUUUAAAGAUAAACAGGAGGUAUAUUGCCUUAAAGUGUGGAAGCAUAUUGUCAUUUGUCUUGGAAAGACAUUGCAUUCAAAUCUUCCUUUGAUGACUCCAUUUUUUCAAAUUAUAGAAAAGGGUUUCAAGUCUACUUCAGAUGAUGUUUGCAAAACAGCAUUUUUAGUUUGGAAAUGUCUGAUUAGUAAUUUUGCUCUGGAUGAAAAUGUUCUAAAUGACUCCAAAAAGCUCCGCUUUGUCCUAAAACCAUUCAAAAAUCUUUCUCGGUGUAAUGAGAACACAUCUUUAGCGAUUUGUGAUACUUGGUGGCAUCUGGCAUGGAGUUUAUCUCAUAACCUUUCCUCUAGGUUUACUGAGGUAUGUAUCCCACUGUUAGAUUUUGCAAUGGGAAGAACUUUAUCUGGAUCACAUGAAAAAACAGCCCCAAAAUCAAAUCAAGUAGUUCUAAUUAAGAGAAGCUGUCAUCUGCUCCUGAGAAUUUUAGAACAACCGCAGAGUACAAACUUAAAUAGAAUUUCAAGUCCUAAAAAAUUACCUCCAAUUAUUUAUCCUUCACUUCAAGUACCUUUAGAACAAAAAGUUAUCAUACGUCAUUUUAAAGAGAUAUGUUCUGUAAUCAAAACUGUUUUGGAAUCUCUUAAGAAUGUUAAAGAAAUGUCAAACCACAUAGAGUGUCUGAUGAAAUCUGCACUCUUUGUUGUAUCAAUUACCGCUGAGGAUCGAAGCAAAGAACCAGUGGAGGCAGUUACAGCUUUCUUAAGUCUUGUUUCUGAUAUAACAGAUUCACAGUUGUGUUCAUCUUUAGUUUGUUUAAAAUGUAUUGACAGUCUUAGCAAAUUACCACGAUCUACACUUACAUCUCAUUGCUAUAAUGGAGGAUUUCGUAAAUCUCAGGAUAUCUUGUGCACAACUCUUUUGAAACUUCUUCUGGACCCUUAUUUAUUAACCAAAGAAACUCCAAAAAGGUUUUUGACCGCAUAUAAUCGUCUUGUACAAACAGGGUUGUGUGAAUCAUUAAAUCCUUUAUCAAUGGCACAGAAAUUUACUCACUGUUUGAAAGUUGCUGCUGCACCUGGAAUUAUGGAUUCUGAAGUAGUUUUUGAUAUGUGGUCUGGUAUCGCAUCUCCUUUGUUGGAAAAUAUUGAGAAGACUCAAGAAGUGAAUCAAGGUGAUAAGAGGGAGCAUGAUUUCAGCUGCUUGUAUGAUGUCCUGUUAUGUCCUUUUGAACACAUUUUCCCUAUAAAUAUGAUGCAACAGUUUCGAAAUAAACCAUCUUUCCAGCUAUGGGCUAAUUUAUACAAAGCUUUCAUUCGUUGCUCUGCUCUUGUGCCGACAACUCACCCUAAUGAAGCAUGUGAACAGUUCUGCUGCAGACUAAAAAUUACUGUAAAAGAAGAUUUGCUCAAAGAGCCACAUUACUUUGAAACAGUCUGCUUUGUUUUGCAAUCAGUUUUCGAAUCAGUUGACUCCAGCAGUGCUGGUGUUCUUCCUAUUGUAAAUGCUUGAAGUCUUGUGGAGUACUUUAGCUUCUUUCAUUGAAAUGCAUUUUAUGGGUCCAUAUGAUUCCGACUUUUUGGCGAUUAUGAGCCCACUUUUGGAGGCUUUGUUCUCUCAUCCAAGAAGACAAAUAAAGGACAGGAGCAAGCGAUUUUGGUUUUCUACAUUUGCACCAGUUUCUUCGUCCCUGAGCUACUCAGAAUCCUUAAAAAACAUUUUGAAGAAAGCUAAAGUUUCUCAUGCACCUGAUGAGAAUAUAAGUACUCUCGAAGAAGUCAGCUAUGCAGCUGGAUCUGGCACCUUAGAGGAAAGUUUCAUAAAUUUUAAUAAUGUAUCAUUAAAAAGCACAAUUACUAAACCAUCUGAAGUAUUGACUCCUAAGAAGAAAUCUGACAUUAUUGAAAUAAAAAGCACUCCAAAAAGUCAAAACACACAGCCAAAGUCAUUGGAUUUAAAAUCUACUCCUGUUCAAAAUAUUGAUGAGCUUCCAAGCAGUGAUUUUAUUCAAAUUGAUGUUCCAAUCCAAACAACACCCAAGCGUCGCAGUAUUCGAAAAAGGAAAAGUUUUGUUCCUGCAUUAUAUAAUGAUAUGUCACAGUCUCAAGAUACAAAUACUUUGUUUGAAUCAAGUGACUCAUUCGACAUUGGUUCAUCAUCAGAAAUCAUGGAAUUAAGAACUCAAACGGAUUUGAAUAAACCCGCUGAGCUUGAAACAGAAAAGCCCCAAAAUGAAAUCCAAAGUGAAGUGUUGGGAACAAAAGAUGAGGCUAACAAAAUGUCUGUUUCUUCAGUGACCGAUUUGAACAAAAAUAACUCUUGUGAAAUUAUCUCUUCAAAUAGUGAAAAAGAGGUUGCUGAAAUUGCUUUGGUAGCUCCACAAGAAAACAUUCCCACAGUUGAUCAAAAUAAAGAAGCUCCACCUUCACCUGAAAAGAAUGGUGCAAAUAUCCCACAAUCGAGUAACGAUUUAAACCAGUCUUUCACAGUAAUAACUCUUAGUGAUUCUGAUGAAAUAAUUCCAAGCUCUCAAAGUUCAGUUGAAAAUGAAACUUUCAUAAAGUUUCCUGCCAUCGAAAGUGCUGCAAAGAGAAUUUCUGAACUCCCCGCUCCAGUUGCUCAGUGUGCAGGCCUUGAGAAAGUUGAUUCGAAUGAUUUAGCUGUUUCAGAAGAUGUAAAAGUCAUUGCAGAUUCGCCAGUCUCAAACCCAGUUGAAAAUGAUGAAAACAAUUAUGAAUGUCCAGAAACACCAAUGGAUAUUGACAACACACCUAAUUCUGAAAAUGAGGUUGUAGUUACUGAAGAGUCCAUGCCAUUAAAAUCCUCUGAAAAUAUUCAGAAUUCUGAAGAGCAAGGUUUGAAGAACAAAACUUCUCAGAAUGGCAUUAAGGGUUGGGUAGAUAAUAGUGAUGAGUUACUGAAAUCCACUGGAAAUUUAAAUAAAGAUUCUAAUUUGAUUCCAAAUAAUGUUUGUGAAAUCAUUCAGACUUCCAUUACAACGAUAGAUCCCUUCUUAUUUGAAAACAAAGAUAUUAUAUCAGAUUCUCUUGAAAUUGAUGAUAUUUCCCUCAAGCCAACCAGAAAUACAAAGCGAAACUUGGGUAGAAAAUCUCUUGACACUGUUGCUCUAAAAAAUACAAUUAAGCGCCAAAGUGCAAGGAAAUCGUUGCCUGGGACUUUAAAAAGAAAAUGUAAACAAGUUUCUUUGGAUAAAUCUUUGCAUAAUAUUAGUGAAGAUCAAAAAGAAGUUGUUGAAGAGUCCCAUAGAGUGAACUCAGAAAAUAUUGCAGUCGAGGCUUCUGAUGUACGAAGUGUAGAAGAAGAACCUAAUUUGGAUGUUCUUUCUUCUGAAAAAGAUCUUGAUGAGAUCAAAGAUUCCUGUAAAAAUAAUUUACCUGAAGUGAAUGAAACUGAAACUAAUUGUCUAAAUGCUAAGAAAAGGGUUACUAGAUCAUCCCAAAUUAUUUAUUCUGCUCAAACAGAAGAAAAUGGUGUGAAAAGAACUCUUAAGGAUAUUGACAUUUCAGAAACAAAUAUUGAGCAUCAUUUUGAAGAAAAUCUUAUAAAAGUCCAAGAAAAACCAUAUGACCAGUCAUCUGCAACAACAACUGAAGAAAAAAUGAGUGAGUCUGUUAAGUAUGGAGAGUCAAAUUCUGUCGAUAAAAGAGUUUUGCUAGAUAUUGAAGUAUCAGAAUCAAUUGCUGUGGACUUGGUACCUAAACUAAAAACUGAUGCCAUUACUUCAAUUGUAGAGGAUAAUCAAUCAAGUAACAAAUCGUGUAAAAGAACAUCUAAGAGGCUGAUUAAAAAUGAACUUUUAAGAACUUCUAGUAGAAAAAGUAAUUGUAUUUCAAAAGAAAAGGUUGAAACAAGCGGUGGUAUGUUAAAUGAGCCAUCUAGUGAGGAAGGUGGAAAUAAUAUAAGUGUGACCAGUAAAAAUAAAGAACAAAAGUCUUUGACCGAAAUUUCAGAAGUUGUUGAAAAUGUUUUAGAGAAUGUCACCGUAACUGUUCAAAAUGAUCUAGAUCAAAUAACAGUAGUGUCUGAUAUUGAGAGUAACAAGGUUUUGGACUGUGAGGAAGAUACUCCUGAUGUUAAAGAAUCUGACAAAAUGUCCUUUGAGUGUGCCAUUGUGGAAUCGCCUGUUCUAAAAGAUAAUUCAUCUAAAAUUGAAAAUUCUGCCAUUUCUAAUGAGGAAGAUGAAGCAAAUCCACCAGCUGCUGAUACUUUUGUUGUCAGUCUGGAGGAGCAACCUAAUGAAAUCAUCGUAUUGUCUGUUGAUUCUCAGUCUGAGAUUCCUGAUACUCCAAUAGAAAUGUUGCAAAAUCCAACUUCAGCUAUCACUGCUAUUGAGUCUGGCGUAAACGAAGAUAUUGGUGAUAUUUCAACAUCACAAGAAAUGUUGAGCACUGAUAAAAACAUUAAUGUUCAAGAAAGUGGUGAAAUUUUUAAUGAACUUAGCAAAUCUAGCUCUGAACCAGUUGAUUCUUUACAACUCCAGUUCUCCAAUGAUACUUCAGAUAUUUGUAAUGUGAAAAAAGUAAGUCACUACCAUAUGGAUGAAUCUGCUGUUAUUAAUGAUUCACCUACUGAAAGUGAAAAAGUGUUUAGUGAUGAUUUGGAACUGCAAGAGGUGGAAAACGAUAUAUCUGAAAUAACAGAUGUCGUGAAUACAAUAUUAAAAGAUAGUAUUUUGAAAGUAUCUCAAAGUGAAUUGACAGAUCCAAAUGUCGAAGAUCUGUCCCAAUUAAAUGGUGCUGAUGAAGAAAAGGAGAGUGAAGUUAAUGAUUUACCAAGUCAGUUUGGUUCAUUAUCUGCCAAUGAAUUACAUAACUUAACAGAGUUUCCGAAUUCCAUAGAUGUGCUCGAUUCCAAUGAAAAAGAGAGGGAAUCUUCGCCAGAUUCUGAUAACAGUUAUGAAAAUAAAUCUUGUGAUAUUAAUCUAGAUCCAGUCUUAAAUGGAAUUGCUUUAUCAAGUGAAAUAACAUGUUUCCCAGUUCCUAAAAGAAGAAAAAACCUUCCAAACAAUGAACAAUCGUUUAAUCAGGGGGACAGGGGCUCUGCUAAAAAAAGAAAAGGACGAUGUCCAAAGCGGUCCCUUUUUAAGGAAAUGGAAGGUUCUAAAGUUCUUGUCUCUAAGAAUAAUCUCAGCCCAGAAAAGCAGCUGCUGACCAGCCCUAAACUAACAAUAUCUAAACUAGGCAAGAGAAGUAUGUCCAAAGACCUUGCUUCAACCAAAGGCAAAAAAAUUAUUUUUUCGACCGACAAUGAAAUGUCGGAAAAUAUUCCCAGUUGUAAAAAGCAGAAAAAAACUUUAAUAUCUAGUCACGUUAUGGGAAAAACAGGCCUAGAAGUAAAACUUACUGAACCGAACAGCUGCUCGAAAAGUAUUAAAGAGUUAAAGAAUGAUGAAUUAACAGACAUGUACACUCGUUUUAAUGCCAGCUCAGGCACCGAGACUCGAAGGUUCAAAAUGUUAGCUGCUUCCCAGCAGUCUUUUACAUCAUUGAAGCAAGAAAGUGCGCAAAAUGAAGUUAGUAAUGAAGAACAUGUUGGAAGUAAGCCUUCAUCUGGUAUUUUGAGAAAGCGAAAAGCUGAAGAUGAUUCUACACCUGUUAAAAUGAGGAAAGUAACAUUUGCCUACCCUCUUGUGGAAGAAAAACUUUUCAGAAGUGAUGAUACUAUUUGUGUUAAAGUUGUUACUGUAAAUUUAAAAACAAAUGAAAAAGAAGCAAUUAAUUCAUCCUCACCUGAGAAGACUCCAAAACUGAAUGAUGCUCCUGUAUCAUCAUCUGCGGAUAGUGUAUCAUCCUCUUCAGAGUAUCAGAAUUCUGAUAACGUUACUGUAUAUAACCCCAACCCUGUAUCACCAGCUUUAAUAAAUUGCCAGGACGAUAUAAGUUGCAUUUUAAAAGACUUAUCAUCUCCUGCAUGGGUGCAAGCAUUAGAGCCCCUUCUACUUUCUCGAGAUAUAAAAACUAUAGGUGAUUUGUGCAAAUUGAAUUUUCAUGAACUGAAAGUUUUACCUUUCAAAUCACCAAAACUACAAACUUUGCAUAAAGCUUUAAUUUCUCACAUUACGCGAUCUCAGAAGUCUGUGGAAGAAAAAGUUAUAAAAUCUGAAAGUUCACCGAACAACCCAUCAGCAGGAACUUCUAAUGAUUCAAAAAUGGAAGAAGAGAUGGAAUCUGAUAUGCUUGAAGCAGUUGCAAAAUUAUUGUUGGAGAAAGAUAAUAUUAAAAAGAUUUCUAAAUCUACAUUAAUUGAACUCAGUAAAAAGUGCUUUACAGAAAUCACAGAAAAAUUAGAAAAUGUUUAAUUCAUUACUGAAAUUUUCCUUUAUAUGUUUAGAUGAAUCUUUUGCUGCUUAUAGUAAAUGUCCCCCUAGAUAGAAAAAAUGUUUUUCUGUUCACUGAAAUCUAUUUAGUGAUAUUUUACAUAACACACAUGCUUAUAAUCAGCACUAUGAAACAAUACAAAAUUUGUAUGUUUUUUUACAUUAAUAAAAUUAUUAUUUAACUUUUAAAAAUUGAAAUAUUGCAUGUGAGCCAAUUCAAUUUCAUAAAAUUAUGUUGAAUUUCACAAAUCGCAUUUUUUUUAGAAAAUUUUAGUGUAAAAAAAAAAUUUUUUUUUUAAAUUAUGGAACUGAAAUAUAUCUCUCGCAAAAAGUAUAUGUUUGAAAAUGAACAAUUAUAAUUCUCUUUUAAGAAAAUUUUGUUAAUUCUCAAAAGUUUUGUCAUUAAUAGCUUAAUAUCAAAUGGAAUGCUAAUUCUACUAAAAUUUUCAGUACUAGUUUUAUUGCAUUUUAAAAUUUUAAUUUGUUUUUUAAUUGUGGGUUUUGAUGCUUAUUUUGAAAAUAAGAAAUUCCUGCAUACAUGUGAUACAUUGCUGUAAAUAAUCUUAUCUAUUGUUAAAAUAUGCAUGAUGUUUCUUUGUUGAAAUGAAGUUUUUAAAACUUGUGAGCUUAUUUCAAAAUUUUAACUGCAAUUACAAUUAACAUUUAUGAUUUAGAAAGAAAAAAUUAUAGACAAGUUUUUUAAACACAUAACUUCAAUCUGUUCACUCUGUUAAAAUAAUUAGUGUUCAAAUGUAUAUAAAUGCCCAAAUCUAAAUAUGUGUAUUUUAAGCUAUUAAAUGUAUUUUAUUUUA